UUUUUUUUCUUUUUAAUAUUUCAAAACUCUUUUUUCUCGAACCUUUCUUUUUAAGGCCUUUGUUUUUGUCUCUUUAUUUUCCUUCCGCGAAUUCCAGCUACUAACAAACAAACAAUUCCCAGGAGGAUCUCUCAGGGUUUAGGCGAUGGCUUCAAAGCGGAUCUUGAAGGAGCUCAAGGAUCUCCAGAAAGAUCCUCCUACCUCUUGCAGCGCAGGCCCUGUUGCUGAAGACAUGUUUCAUUGGCAAGCAACAAUUAUGGGUCCUCCGGACAGUCCAUAUGCCGGUGGAGUGUUUCUAGUCACAAUUCAUUUCCCUCCGGACUAUCCAUUCAAACCACCCAAGGUUGCAUUCAGGACGAAGGUCUUUCACCCUAAUAUUAACAGCAACGGUAGCAUUUGCCUCGAUAUUUUGAAGGAGCAGUGGAGCCCUGCCCUCACCAUAUCCAAGGUGUUGCUCUCAAUCUGCUCACUCUUGACGGAUCCAAAUCCUGAUGACCCGUUGGUACCGGAGAUCGCCCACAUGUACAAGACUGACAGGAGCAAGUAUGAGACAACUGCUCGGAGCUGGACUCAGAAGUAUGCUAUGGGUUAAUGUGCUGCUAAGUUGUAAUAGGAGGGCUUCAUUCCCCGUGGCUUUGGUCUUUUAAAUUAAUAUGUAUGAAUCAAAUGAAUCGAUAUGUGUGAUUUGUCUCCUCUCGUUAUUUAGUGGACCAAGCCCUCCUUAAAAACUCAUUUGCCUCGUUAAUUGGUUGUAUGGAAAUUAUCGUUUAAACUUAAAA